AUGAUCAUGAUUCCGCAUAGACGAGAGCGUCCUUCUUCACGAAAGGGAUCUUCUUCCGAUGAAAAGACCUCUAGCGAUAAUCUCUCUGUCAUAUCCAACGUUUCAGAUGAGCAAGAUGAGUGGGCCGAUCUAUCUGAUCCAGAUUUUUCUCCAUCGAGCGAUGCAGCGUCAAGACCCAGGCCUCGCUCCAGCUUCAGUCAUAGAUAUGGAAGACCGAGAUCACAUCGAUCGAGACAUGCAGCCCCAGAUAUAUCAAAGCUCGAAGAAGCGACACGAGAGAAUACGAUAUACCCUGUCCGUCGCAUUAGCCACCAAAACACGACAUUCGACGGAUUAUUACGAUCCGGGGAUCAAAAGGAAGACAUUACCGUGCACUUAAACUUUGAUGGGGCCAUCGAUAUUUCCGAUGAUCUGGCAUACUUGUCCAGAUUGAAUCGCUUGGGGCAUUUCAAAAUAGGAGUCGCUUUCUUUGAAGAUCGGCUAGCCUCACACGUCGACUUCUUCCCAGUGGUAGCCGAAUACGCCGACUUCCUCCUCGAGCAAUGGGCCUUCGAAAAGGCCGAAGAGUUUGUUCAAGGUCGGCUGGACGAUUCUUCGGUCACUUACUCAGAUGAAGAAUUAACGUUACUGCAAUUGCUGAAAUGCUUUGCAAUGAUUUAUACAAAGGGUGCGUUGUUAGCCGCGCUUGAGAAGGUCAAGGAGAUGUUUGUGGAUCUCGAUGAGUCGGAUCUACAUGAAUGUAGUACAAGAGGACCGCAGAAACUCGAAGCAAUGGAGAGUAGGGCCUCCUGGUCAAAGGGUAGACCGAAGAAUAUGCCAAAGCAUGUUUCCCAGCAUGUGAUCCAGGCGACCGAGCUCUGCUUGAGAAUCAUUACUUUUGCGUUUACACAAUCCAGCUACCUAGGAACCAAUCAUUUUCGAACCCUUUUGAAUUGGAGUGUCGCAGAAGGAAUGCUUAUAUCUUAUAACUAUGGAGUUGGCGUCAGAGUUCGGGAAUCCAGAGGAAAUAUCCGAGACAUGUUCAGAGUAGAGUCACCGAAGGUACAGACAUCUCGUGAACUUCCUCCAUUCCAACAAACCCCUUCUGCAUCGGUGCAAGAAAUUCCUCAACUUGGCCCCUGGUACAGAUUUCUGGUCGAAGAGGGGUAUUUAUGGGAAUCACACAGAUUGCUGAAGUCCAUCUUAUCUCUUACUGCAGACAACUUCGGCUACUACCGUCUUGAUGGGUCCUUUGAAUGGCUUUUUGAGCUGGAAAACUUACAAGACGCAGUGGAUAAGUUUUGCGGGGGAAGUUACGACGAGCACCGAGAUGAGCAAUUUUUCUUCGCGGAGUUUGCUAACGCAACUGAACUUGUGCACUUCCUGGACAUCCAGGGCGACGAACAUGUCUUAAAUAUCCGAGAUCGAUUUGCUAAAAAAGCGAAGUCGAUGGCAGAGAGACUUUUCUCGGACCAUUGGGAGCUGAUAAAUAGUCGCUCAUACCUCUAUUGGCUGAUUAUCGACGCUAAUCAGAGACAUGAAGCCAAUCAAAAGCGGAUUCGGAACAUUCAAAAACAGCCAAUCAUGACAGAGACACAUCAUACAUUGAUAAGAGAUCCUACUGAAGAAACUGUCAUGGAAAACACAAAGAAGCCUGCUGAGACUGACCUGAAACCAGAUGACCGGGUGAUUGUUUUCGAGGUGGUUGAGGCCAGUGCUACGGAUCUUGGGGAUUACUACUUGAAGGCUAUUGCACUUUCCAUGCUUAGUAGUUUUCAUGUUUAUCCUGACCAUGAAAAGGCGUUUGAGUUAGCACACAAGUUGGCCUCAGUCUAUCUUGAUGAAGUUGGCAACGUUGGUGCCUAUGCAGCCUGUCUAGCCUAUGAGACUAUGCUGCUUGGUCCACAGAACUCCUCAGAAUCGGCUAAUAAGCGGCGCAAGGAGCUUUAUCUUAGCCUCAAGGAUUUUGAAGAAUUGCAUCCUUCUAGAUUUGACCUCAGAGAUGGCCUUGCGUUUCAUCCUGGAAUCGUUUUCCUCGAUUCGCCCGUCGUUAUUUGGGACAAGAUGCAAGCCCUUCAUCAGCUUUUACUGAGCAUGAACCGCCCGACAGGAGCUCAGAUGUCUAUUUCAAACCGAUCUCUUGUUGAGCGACAUCUGCCCGAGAAUCAUUACCGCUUGCCUGUUGGGAUUCCUCGCUGCUCUGGAUGCGCAUUUUGUAAUUUGGAAUCAUCCUGGGACGACCAUUUGCCAAGCUUUCACGACCCAAUGCGAACAUACGAGAAUGAAUCUCGGAUGCCUGAUUCACAGAAGCCGUCUCCUCAAUUUCCUGUACAACGUGCUACAUCUGCGCCUGCGACCAAUCCUCCCCAGCCAAAGAACGUGCCGCACUUGGACUUGAGGCCUCAGCGACAACCUUCGCCGUCGCCAGAGAAGAAAGAAAGGCCCCAGGAUGAUGCUGCGAGGAGAAAGGAAGAUAUGCUGUCCCAAAACAAAGCUGGUCGAAUAGGGUCGAGGUUGAGGGUGGUCAAACAUCCGGAAAAGGAGCGCAGACCUGCCAGUACUUACCCAGAUCCGCCAGCACCUCGCUCUCCGAACACACCACCCAAAAUCCUCGAGCAUGGAUCUAGCAAGAAGAUUGAAGUCUUCAUUCCUUCGUGGGUUACGUAUGAAGCAGGUGCCCCUCGCCUCUGA